UGUUUUGGUUUUUUUUCCAGUGGUGCGAUUAUUUGUUGCCGGAUAGCUUCAUCGUUCCGCAUUUUUCGUACAGAACAAAUCUUUUAUGGCCAGUGCCACCCACAGAAUGAAAGUUCUUUCCCUCUAUAAAGAAAUGCUGCGUGAAUCGCAGAAAUUCAACUCCUACAAUUAUAGAAUGUACGCUUUGCGAAGAAUUCGGGAUGCAUUUCGGACGAAUAAGAGUCUGGUAGAUUCUAGCCAAAUACAAAGUGAGAUGGAUUACGCUCUGAAGAACCUGGAUAUUAUAAAACGACAGGCAAUGAUUGGACACAUGUUCCGGGCGGAUAAGCUUGUGAUCGAAAAAUAAUUCCAUUCGCGCAAUUUAUCAUUAAAGACACACCUGCAGUGGAGAGGAAUGAUGACAAACGCAUUUAUCAACUCCGCGUUGGAGAUGGAUGAAUUUUGUCUUCAAAGUGAUACUCUACGAUGAACGUUUAUCGUGUAUAUACUGUUAAAAGUCAUUUCAGACACAAUAAAUGAUAGCUCUUAA